AGAUCAGAUGAUUCUCGCUCUCACUUUCUCUCUCCUUAAGAUCACACAAGCCCACUUCAUUCAAAGCCUCUCUCAAUCUUGGUCCUCUGUUACUUUACUCAGCUGUUUUUUUCUCGACACUGAGAGAGAGGGAGAGAUACCCACGUACACAAGGAUGGCUAGCUGCAGCAUGGCUUCAGCUGCUUCUGGGUUUGUGCUCACACCCAACACCCCAACCAAUGGGAACUCAUCCGCUAAGAGCAACAUGGUGUUCUUUGCAAAGAACAAUAACACUUCUAGGCUAGUGGUGAGAGCGGCAGAAGAAGCGGCGGCUCCGGUGGCAACCACCACGGCUACAGCAGCAGCAGAAGCUCCAAAGGCCAAGCCACCCCCAAUUGGACCCAAGAGAGGAACCAAGGUAAAGAUUCUCAGGAAGGAGUCGUACUGGUAUAAUGGAAUUGGCUCUGUAGUUGCUGUUGACCAGGACCCGAAGACGUGCUAUCCGGUCGUGGUUCGUUUCAACAAGGUCAAUUAUGCAAAUGUAUCUACAAACAACUAUGCAUUGGAUGAGAUCCAAGAAAUUUAAUGAGCACUGAGGUCGCUGCAGUUGUAGUUCUUGCAAACUAUUUUCAGUCUCCCCAACUUAUCCUGUAAUCUGUAUCAUAUGCCUGAGCAUUUUCUCGCAUGAUCAUUUUUCCC